AUGAUAAAGACGGGAGGAGUUACAGGCGCAAAGAGCAGCGCAGGCAAGGAGAGCAAGGACACCAAGGAAAAAGAGAGCUCAGGGCCAGCCAAGUUUUUAAGUGAGAUCAAAGACAAUGAAGUUAUCGUCAAGUUGAAUUCAGGCAUUGAGUAUCAUGGAAUCCUACAGAUGAUUGAUGGGUACAUGAACAUUGUUCUAGGGCCCAAGACAGAGGAAUACAUAGAUAACUCGUUGACUCGAAGAUAUGGAGACGUCUUCAUAAGAGGCAGUAAAGGUAUGUUCUAUUAA